UCAUGGCAGGUUGUACCAUCAUCCAAGCCAAGGGAAGAAGCAGGGAUGUAUUGGGGGUGCAAAGUGCGCUAUGCUUCCAAUAUCACUUCGGUAAUGACUGAAUGUCCAUACGAGGGUGGCUAUGAUCAUUUGAUUAGGACCUCAGAGCAUGGUCAGAUUAUCAAUUCCUCCGAUUUCACUAUACCCACUUUCAGGCAUCUAUUGAUUGCGUUUGGUGGACUUGCUGGGUUGGAAGAGAGCAUUGAAGAGGAUCAUAACUUAAAGGCAAAGAAUGUGCGGGAGGUGUUUGACAUAUAGCGCGCGGGUGGUUAUCUUGUGGAACUGAGUUUGCUUGACUACUGCUGUGUUCGAUUCCUACCAUCAGUUAUUGCUGCAUUAGCGGUUUUUCUUACAAGGUUCACAAUCCAGCCUGAGGUUCAUGCCUGAGUAAGAAACAAUGUAGCGAACUUAGUAAUUAGCUGGGACUUGCAAGGACUUGCUGGUUAUAAACCUUCUGACUUACAAGAUUGUGUCCUUGCCCUUCAUGACUUGCAGCUGAAUAAAUAAGGAAGCAAUUUGCAAGCAGAUAGAGAUAAAUAUAUGCAAGCAAAGGUAAUGUAGUUUUAUGUUCAGGUAAUUUGCAUCUUGAAACUGCCCCAUGCAAAUUUGUUGAUAUUCUGAGUUUAACUUCCAGAAGGGCUUAUAUAUUUGUAAAUGGAUGGAAAUUACAGUACAUGUGUAAGUUGUAUGUGCAUUUCUAAAAAGACAUGUGCAAGUUGUUAACAUUUUUUCAGAGUUUCAACAGUCUUCAAUUAUGAGAGUGAAGACUGUGAAUGAAGACAUUAGAACCGUAACCAAGGAUGCCCGCUUUGUGGUAGUGAUCCAAAGCUCGAGAAGCAACAUAAAUGAGUUGGAGUGGGAUCUUAGAGUGAGAGAAGCAAGUACUAUGGAUUACCUCCUUUCAGCAUAUGAGCUACCAAGUUUGA